AGAAUGUGGGCAAAAAUUAUUUGUACAAUCCUAGUGAUAAAUUCAUAUUCAACUUUCUCUAAAGGAAGUGGUAUUCCUGAACAAGGACAGAAUAAGGAUUCAGACAUUAAAAUUCUUAAAGCGGAUGCUAGAUAUUUGAGAGAAAGGGUGCAAUCCUUUCAAGAUCUACUGAUGGAUUAUUAUCACCGUGGAGCCUAUAUGGAAUAUGACAUCAAAACCCUUCCAGAUUAUUUUCAAUCUCUAAAUGAGGAGCUGAAAAAACAGCAGAUGUAUGAAGAUUAUGAGGAGUCGGACAGUAAAAUUCUAAGAGCAGAACUGGAAAGACUGAAAAACGAUAUAAUUAAUAUGGAUUCGAAUAUUCAAAAACUUGAAGCAGAGCUGAAACAACAGAAGAAACGUGAAGUGGACAAUGAAUCUCUCCGAGCGGAGGUGGAACGGCUGAGAAAGUUGGUGGAUGGACUUGUUAACCCACCUAAUUGUACAGAGGCCAAGUCAAAUGGGAUCAACGAAAUACUCCUUCCUAACUUUAGCAACCAAUCUUUUAAAGUUGCCUACGAUGUGGAAACUCGUGGUGGGGGAUGGACGAUCAUCCUGAGGAGAUUGGAUGGAAGUGUCAACUUCAAUCGCAACUGGACUGAGUACAAAAAUGGAUUUGGAAAUCUGAAUGGAGAAUUCUUCUUAGGUUUGGAUAAAAUACACGCAAUAACUGCAGAAAGAACACAGGAGCUUCUCGUUGUUCUUGAGGACUUCGAGGGGGAUAACAGGUAUGAGACGUAUGAUGACUUUGCCGUCGGCGACGAGGGUCAACAAUAUGAACUACUUACUGUGGGCAAAGCCAAUGGAACUGCUGGCGAUUCCCUUACUUAUCAUCAAGGCAGCAAGUUUUCUACAUUUGAUCAAAAUAAUGAUAAGAUAACGUUCAAAAACUGCGCCAAAGAAGACAAUGGUGCUUGGUGGUACUUUGAUUGUCACUACAGCCACUUAACGGGGAAAUAUAAUGACAACACUUCUCACAAGGGCGUCAAUUGGUACGAUUUCCGGGGUCACGAGUACUCACUUAAAACAGCUGUGAUGAUGAUAAGGCCGAGAAAGUGAAUACGUGUCCUCUAAUAUAUCACAAACUGUUUUAAUGAUUUAUUUUAAUGACUUGUAAAAUAAUGUAAUCUAUACUCCAAUAUGAAUAUUGGCUGAUAAUUGAAAUAAAAGUAAUUGACAUUAUCCCUGUA